UUGAUUGACAGGUCCUCCUCUGCAAAACACUUGUCGACGAGGAUGGGAUUCGAACCCACGCGUGCAGAGCACAAUGGAUUAGCAGUCCAUCGCCUUAACCACUCGGCCACCUCGUCUGCUACAUGUGCUCCAUCAGCACUUCACAUGUUGUAUCAAGCUGUGUUGAUUCAGUUUCAGUGGCUUCUCCAUCCAUUCAAGCUGUACACUGACUACUCUCGCUUGUAUAGUAUUUUCCCUUGACAGGGUAUGCUAAAAAUGCUAACUGAAAUGUGACUUUUGUGAGCUACUGCAGAUUGUGGAUGAAAACUUGACACGGGGAAGUCAUUGUGAUGGAAACACAGACGUUUGUGUUGUGUCGUGUUUUCCAGUGCGUGUCAUUCAGCGCUCGUACUCGCCGCCAUCUCUCUCUCUCUCUCUCUCUCUCUCUCUCUCGCCGCUCCCCGACCAAAUCCAAUUACCAGCUACAAAAGAAAGCAGCUCCAGGCCCGAUACUCCAUCAGAUCCUGGUGCUUCUGCAGCCCAGACUCCUGCUGGAGCCCUCAUCAUGUUGAGGGUCUCUGAGGGACACACACACACACACAUACACAUACACAUAUACACAUAUACAUACAGUAUGAGGACAAAGACAUAUGGCUCCCAGGUUCAAACAACACUUGGGGUCAAGGUAAUACUUGAAUGAAGUAAACGACAAAGAGAAUUAAGAACACAUGCUCACUGUUCUAUUUAUUAGGAACAAAUCUAAUGGGAUCCAAUACAAAUCUUGAAUAAAAAAACUACCUUUACAAACAUAAUAAUAUUCAUUCAUAAAUGUUUGUUUAGUUUGUUUUGUGUUGCAUCAGCAGCAUGUAAAUGUGUUACAUGACUGACGCUUGCAUUUUCAAAUUAAUACGUCCAAGAUUUAAAAAAAAAACAUACAUAAACGUCACAUUUAAUUUUGUUUACUGUGUUUCAACUUCCACCGGGUUUGAUUGUAGUUGGAACAUUUGGUGUCCAAUAGCACCAUCUAUUGGUAAAAGUAUUAAAUAGCAGCGCCGUUUAAAGACCACUACGGCAAAACGAUUAGUUUUCAUCUAGUGUACAUUUUCAUUUACAUUAGUUAGUUUUUUGUUUUAUUUACGCAGAGUUUACAGUUUAGUUUUAUUCACGUCCGAUACCGGCACUAUAUCAGCAAAGGAUAUGUUGGGACUUUUACUUCCGCUGAGACUUUUAUUUGGACAUUUGUAACCGGAAGCUGGAGAGACGAUCUGUCAAACAUGGCGACGGCCGGAGGAGAUGUGAUGAGAUACCCGGAGUAUGCUCCGAAAAACACUUCGAGGAGUGACGCAGAGAUUGACAGACAGCUGGGACGCACGUUGAUUGUGGUCGGUCUCGGCGUGGCUGCUGCAGGUUUUGCUGGUCGCUAUGCAUUCCGUCUGUGGAAACCUCUUGGACAGAUGUUCACCGACACCGUCAAGAAGAUGCCAACAUCUACGUUUUCGUCGUAUUACAAAGGAGGCUUUGAGCAACAGAUGUCCAAACGAGAAGCCAGCCUCAUCCUCGGCAUCAGCCCGGGAAGCACCAAGUCCAAAGUGAGCGAGGCACAUCGGAGGAUCAUGUUGCUCAACCAUCCGGAUAAAGGUGUUCUCGUGCAGGUGGGUCACCGUAUCUCGCCACUAAGAUCAACCAGGCCAAAGACUUCCUGGAGAAGGACAUGCGGCGGUGACCUUUGCCGUGUCUGGACUGCAGCAUGGACAUCCUGCUUGGAGACUCUCAUUGACUUCAAUCAUUUCCAUGUUACUGUUUAUUAAAUGAUGACAUAUGGUGUGGUUACAGCUGUGAUCAGAUGAUUAUAUCAUCUAUUUAGGGAACAAUACUAUAUUGUCAUCGGACAUUUGUGUGGUGAAAUGUUUUAUUUAAAUAAAUUCUAGUGUGAAA